CAUUUCUUCUUCUUUUUGUCUCUGCAACUAACCUUUUCGCCGGAAGAGAGCAGCAGCCAUGGUUAAGUUCCUGAAGCAGAACAAAGCGGUUAUCCUCCUCCAAGGCCGUUACGCCGGGAAGAAGGCAGUGAUCAUCCGCUCCUUCGACGACGGAAACCGCGAGCGUCCUUACGGACACUGCCUCGUCGCGGGACUGAAGAAGUAUCCGAGCAAGGUCAUCCGCAAGGACUCAGCCAAGAAGACCGCCAAGAAAUCUCGAGUCAAGUGCUUCAUCAAGGUUGUGAACUACCAGCAUCUGAUGCCUACUCGUUACACAUUGGACGUGGAUCUGAAGGAGGUUGCGACUCUGGAAGCUCUGGCUUCGAAGGACAAGAAGGUGGCGGCUCUUAAGGAGGCUAAGGCUAAGCUCGAGGAGAGGUUCAAGACCGGAAAAAACAGGUGGUUCUUUACCAAGCUUAGGUUCUGAGAUCUUUUUGUAAUGGAAUUUACAAUAUGCUUAUGUAAUUUCGAGAAUGAAUGUGGAACCAUGUUUUGGAUUGGUUUAAGACCGUUUGGUUUGAAGUUUAAUUCUUGAGGUUUUGUCAUUUUUAGUUAUGAGCAUUUUUGCUAUAUUGGUGCGUUUAUUAAUAUAUUGUCACUGGUUUGUGUGUUAA